AUGGGAAUGGAGUUGUUGGCUUUGAAUUCAUCACCACUAUGCAAUGUUACUACAACUAGGACUAGGAGGAGAAUUCAUCACAAACACUACCAUUCCAAUCUGUCUAUUCCCAUGGCUAUGAUGACAUCUGCUUCCAAGGUAUAUGAUUCAGUGUUAGAGAACAAAAAGCAUGUCCUUUUAACCUCUCUUCAAGACACACAUAGAGGACUCUUAACAACUCCUCAUCAACGUUCUUCUAUUGAACAAGCACUAGUGAAUGUAGAAGUAACCAACACCGGUGACCCAAUUGAUUUGAACAAACUAGAUGGAACAUGGCGCCUCCAAUACACUUCUGCUCCUGAUGUUCUCAUUCUAUUCCAAGCUGCUGCUACACUUCCUUUCUUUCAAGUUGGACAGAUAUUUCAGAAAUUUGAAUGCCGUCAUAACUCUACCGGAGGUGUUAUUCUAAACGUUGUCCGCUGGAGUAUUCCAAAUUUGUUAGAGGAACAAGAAGGUGCCACGUUGCUUGUAUCUGCCAAAUUUACUCUUGUAUCCGCACGCAAUAUUUACCUUCAAUUUCAAGAGAUCACACUUCAAGAUAUAAAUAUUAGUGAACAGGUUCAGGCUCUAAUAUCUUCAGCAUUACUACCGCGAUCUUUUAUAAGUUUGCAGAUCUUGCAAUAUCUCCGUACUUUCAAAGCUCAAAUUCCCGUGAGGAAUCCAGGAAGGGAAUCCGUAGGAGGAUUAUAUUAUCUGAGCUAUUUGGAUGAUAAUAUGCUUUUGGGUCGUGCUGUCGGUGGAGGUGGUGUAUUUGUGUUUACAAGAGCCCAAUCACUUUGCUAA